UAUUUAUCAAAAGUUUUAUUCUGAUAACUUUAUUAAUGUUUGAUUUAAAUACUAUAAAGUGAAGAAUCGAAAGAGACGGAAUUUAAAAGUUUGUUAUAUAGGAAUAAGGCUUAGUUGUCAUCCAAUUUUUCCCAUUUUUGCAGUUGAUUUUUGGUUAAAAUGCCUCGAGUGCUUCCCGAGAUAUAUAAUUUCACAAAACUAUUAUACUCUGUAGCAACAUGUUGCAAGAGUAUAAAUAUCAAGAACUUUUAUGAUUACUUUCCUGUUGGCCCCAAUGUUUAUAAAAUGAAUAAAUGUAAACAACACUCUUUAUCUUCAGUUAUAACUGAUUAGUAUAAGUAACGAGUAAACUAAUCAUAUUAUUUAGUUGCCAUUUGCUUGUGGAGGCGCGACGACGACGCGAUCGUGGUUGUGAACUUUUUCUGAUACCAGUACAUAGUAUACAAAUUUAUUUCACGAUAUACGUUGGUUUUGAUUGUCAUUCAGAAACUGCGAGCGCCGCAAAUAUUUUCGCGAAUUAGCUUUUGGCAAAAGUGAUAAAAAUGAGUCCGACAACAACGCUUGUACGUGUUGAUAAGCAAAAUGAUCUCUUUUCACGCUCCGAAGUCGAGCAAAUAUUGAGAAAUAUAUUGAAUUCAAAUACGGCUGCUACGUUGUUGGAAUAUAAUGUGUCGCCAGAGUGUUCACCAACUGGUUACUUAGGCGAAUAUUUUAGUUUGGAAUUAAAAUACAAAUUUCUAGAGUCCAACGACACAAUUCAAACAACGCGAGUAUUCGUUAAAUCCUUGCCUUAUCAAAAUCCCAAGAUGACGGCGUUUAUUGAAGCUUGUGGCAUGCUUACCAAAGAAGCCUCGAUAUACGAGCAACUCUUAAAUGAGUUGAGGAAAUUGACGUCGACCGUCUGGUGUGCUCAGUGCUACUUUACACGCAGAGAUCUGUUUGUCAUGCAAAAUAUUGUUGAUAUGGGUUAUGAGGCGCUAGUGGACCCCGGGGAAUUUCUAACACAAGCACAGAUAGACGUACUACUGAAAAGCUUAGCAACAAUGCAUGCUUGUAUUAUCACAUAUGAAGAGCAAAAUAAAGUCAAUAUCGGAGAGCAGCUAAAAGAUGUUUUAAGAGAGAUGACAGUUUCACCAGAGGUGGUUUUCUAUACUGCGGGAGUGAGGGCUAUCUUAGCUGUUGCCCGCGUCCACCCUGCCUAUCAAUGCGAGACGUUGCAAAAGUUUAUUGCCGAAGAGCUGCCGCAACGCAUGGACAACGUAUACGAAAUGGUAAAUCCGUCAAAAAAAUAUCGGAAUGUUUUCUGCCAUCGCGAUCUCUGGGGUGGCAACUUAUUCUUUAACAAAUUUAAACCCGAUACAGAACCUGUCGUUCUCGUAGACUACCAACUGGCACGCUAUAGUCCACCGGCGAUCGAUGUCCUCAUGGCCGUGUAUUUGAAUAUAACACCACAACAACGAAAAACAAUGAAACACUGGUGCUUUGAUAGAUACUAUAACUACUUUGCUGAGGAACUAAAGAAACAGGGCCUAUCAGCAGAGCAGCUAAUUAGUCGGAGCGAAUUUGAGCAAUCCCUGCAAGAGUUGGAACUCUUUGGCGCACUAUACAACUGUAUAUCAGCGACGAUACUGCGAGUACCGGGCGAUUACUUAAAGGAUUUGAAGUUGAAUCAUCCGGACGCAUUUCACCGCUAUACAAAUGUAGAUCGAGUGGAAGAGGUGCUCGAGCUGUUAAAAAUUGAUAAGACAUUCCGAGAUUAUAUUUUUGAGUGUGUUGACGAAAUGAUAAGUUUGUUGUUGUAGAAAGUAAUGUUAAUAACAAUAUAUAUUAAUAUAAUAUUAAUAAAGUAAUAGAAAUUAUACAAUUAAUGCCAC